AUGCAGGCCCUCAUCUUCUCCCCGGAGACCAGACAGUCACCCUUCCUCCUCACCACCACCACCGCCGCCAACUCCCCCCUCCCUCUCCUCUUCCUCCUCUGCCUCCCCUCCCUCCUCCUAGCAGCCCACUACAUCCGCAAAGACUACCACGCCUUCCUCGCCCUCGGCCCCGGCGGCAUCCCCUCAACACCUACCGGCUACGCCCGCAUCUGCAUCCUCCGCCUCUUCACCGUCCGCGACCCCCUCUGCCCACCCUCCAUCCCGCCAUCCCUUCACCCAAAGCGCGGGCAGCUCCCCGCCUCCCUCCCCGUCCGGCCGGGGCCCCGGCCAACCGUCGCAGGGAUAGCACCCCACAGACAGACGACCCAGCGCGCCAGCAAAACGAUGUACGCGACGCUGUCGAACCGCAUCCACGACCUGGUCAACGCGCACCCAGGCAGUCUCCACGCCGCGACCUCCUGCUUCGAGAAACAUAGCACGGGGAUCUUCUGCGUGGGCGCGGGCGGGCCCGCUGUCUCCGCGCUGGCGCAGUCGCUGCCGUCCGGGCAGGUACACCGCCUCACCUGCGACGGCGAAGUCUGCCACUCGCAUCCCAGUGACGGGAGCUUGCAUCUCAUGCUGCAUCCGGCGGAUGUGAGGGUCGUGCUGGAGAAGGGGUGGGGGGAGCGGCAUCCGCUUGCGUGGGACGACGGCGGGGACGGGUGGUGCUGGUGGUGGUGGGCGAAGAGUGUGCCGCCGGGGUUUGUGAUGAUUUAUGCGCCAAGGGAUGAGAGGGAGUUGGAGAUCGUGAUGGACAUUAUUCGGGCGGCUGUGUGGUGGGUUGGUGGGACGGAGGUGGAAAGAGGAGAGUGA